CGCGGAGGGAUGGGCGUGCGAAGCUGUUUCCGGCGGCUCGCUCUGUUGGCGGGUCCCAGACGCGCCCAGGCUGGGUGUCUGAGUCAAGGCAAGUGGACCCCACCCUCCAAAUCUGAUGGAGGCGGUGACAUUUGGCGACGUGGCUGUGCACUUCUCUCAGGAGGAGUGGCAAUGUCUGGAUUCUGGCCAGAGGGCCCUCUACAGGGAGGUGAUGCUGGAGAACCACAGCAGUGUGGCUGGACUAGCAGGAUUCCUGGUCUUUAAGCCUGAACUGAUCUCUCGACUGGAGCAAGGACAAGAGCCAUGGGUCCUUGACCUACAGGGAGCAGAGGGGACAGAGGCACCAUGGAUUUGCCAGACAGAUUCUACUAUUAGAACCAAUCACAAGCAGACCUGUGAGUACAUGAACAUUCCCGAAAAGCAGAUUCCUGCCUUUGGAGACCAUUUGGAUUCCACAGUCUUGUCGGAGAACUGCUCGAAUAGCCUUGGCCUAGGAGUGAGUGGCUCCCUUUCCCAGCAACAUCAUCUCAGUAAUGAGACUAUGGCUCCCCAGGACACUGUCCAGGAAAGCAAGGAGCUACAGGCCACUGUUCUGGGUUCUCAGCCUGACAAACAGAGAAACAGUGUGAAAGGGACAUCAGAAAACUGUGAAGAGUGUGGUAGAGUCUUUAAACCAACUCUGAACCUGGAUCCAUAUGUGGAAGUGAGUGGACAGGGAAAAGCAUACAGAUGUCAAGAGUGCCAAAGAAACCUAGCUGACUGCUUAGAGGAGACGCACACAAGUAACUGCCUUGGGAAGAAGCCUUAUGAAUGCAAGGAAUGUGGGAAAGUCUUCAGGCUGUGCUCACAACUCAACCAGCAUCAAAGAAUCCACACCGGAGAGAAACCAUUUAAAUGUGUUGAGUGUGGGAAAGCUUUCCGUUUGAGCUCAAAACUGAUUCAGCAUCAAAGAAUCCACACAGGAGAGAGGCCCUACAGAUGUGAGGAGUGUGGGAAAACCUUUGGUCAGAGCUCAAGCCUUAUCCAUCAUCAGAGAAUUCACACAGGAGAGAGGCCCUAUAGUUGUCAAGACUGUGGGAAAGCCUUCAGCCAGCAAUCACAGCUGGUCAGACAUCAAAGGACUCACACUGGAGAGAGGCCCUACCCCUGCCGGGAGUGUGGCAAGGCCUUCAGCCAGAGCUCAACUCUAGCCCAGCAUCAGAGGAUGCAUAGUGGGGAGAAAUCUCAAAUGCCAAGAACUUCAGGGAACUCAAGCCUCGUUGCCCAUGAGGGAAAUCACACUGUAGAGAAGCCAUUCAAGUGUGAGGAGUGUGGCAAAGCUUUCAGGUGGGUGUCUCGCCUGAGCCAGCACCGGCUGAUCCACACCGGAGAGAAACCUUACAAGUGCAACAGGUGCACCAAAGCCUUCGGUUGUAGCUCCCGGCUCAUUCGCCACCAGAGAACUCACACAGGAGAAAAACCGUUUAAAUGUGACGACUGCGGGAAGGGCUUUGUCCAGGGCUCCCAUCUUAUUCAGCACCAGCGAAUCCACACCGGGGAGAAGCCUUACGUGUGCGAUGACUGCGGGAAGGCCUUCAGCCAGAGCUCCAGUCUCAUUUAUCACCAGAGGAUCCAUAAGGGAGAGAAGCCGUAUGAAUGCACGCAGUGUGGGAAAGCCUUCAGUAUGAGCACGCAGCUCACCAUCCACCAGAGGGUUCACACCGGAGAGAGACCCUACAAGUGUAACGAGUGUGGAAAAGCCUUCAGUCAAAAUUCAACCCUUUUCCAACACCAGAUAAUCCAUGCUGGAGUGAAGCCCUAUGAGUGCAGUGAGUGUGGAAAGGCCUUCAGCCGGAGCUCAUACCUCAUUGAACACCAGAGGAUCCACACUCGAGCCCAGUGGUACUGUGAAUUUGGAAACACGGUUGAAAGUGACACUUUUUUGAAUUCUAAAAAAGUGAACACUGUAAAGAAAUUGCACCAGUGUGACGAGUGUGACAAGAUUUUCAGAUGGCGCUCACACCUGAUCAUACACCAGAGGAUCCACACAGGAGAGAAGCCUUACACAUGUAACACUUGUGGCAAAGCUUUUAAUCGGAGCUCCAGGCUCACUCAGCACCAAAAGAUUCACAUGGGAUAAAUCAUUCACCUAAGUGUGUUGGUCACUUUUCUAUUGCUGUGAUGACACUACAGGCAAGGUAAAUUUAAAACGUUUAUUUGGGGGGGCUGGAGAGAUGGCUCAGAGGUUGGGAGCUCUGGCUGCUCUUCCAGAGGUCCUGGGUUCAAUUCCCAGCAACCACAUGGUGGCUCACAACCAUCUGUACUGAGAU